GCGCGGACACACAACAACCGUUGGGUGAGCUCGAUUUAGACGCGCUCGUGCAGUCUUGCCGUUGGCCACCAGGUGUAGCUCCGACUCUACAAAUCAAAAAACCCAGAAAGACUUGUCCACAUUGUUUUAACGGUAAUAUCGAGCCAAUACACAUAUUUCAGGUCGUGUGCGUGUCAUAUGUCGAUAGCAUGACUAACAAAAAUGCUUAGAAUUAUUGCUAAUCUACAAAACAACGUAGUUUUAGCAGUUAGCUCAGCGGCUAUGCAGAUAGCUCCGUGGACACUUUAGGUGCUCUCUCGGUGAGUCAGAAAGUCGUGCUGUGACCGCAUCACCGCUCACUGACAUGAACAUGUUAGAGAUACAUUCAUCCGAGUUUGUAAGAAGAAAGAAACAAUUACUUUCACCCUUGGUGAGCGUGUUAAUUAACACGUUCUUGUUACGAUAUUAUACUUUUUGCAGUAUUCAGAUAUAGCGCUUUAUAUUGUGUGAUUUCUUUCUUGUCAGCCACAGAGAGAUGUAAAGAGAGAGAGAAAGAAGUGUUUAAAGUUUGGGUGUAUCUUGGUGGGAGGGAUUCUUGCAGCAGGGAAACUAGCUAGGUGGCGUGCGGAGCUCAGAGGCUCAACUUUCCGAGAGCGCACAUAAAGAGACGGGAGCGCAUCUCUGUGUCUCAGACACCUGAUGAGCAUCUUCCAAACAUUUACAACCCCGGGGACGAAAACUUCACAAGAGAUAACUAUAUUUUGGAUUUUUAUCGAAAACAAGAAACCUUCUACAUCAACAGGGGGGCCAGUGUUUACUUUAUUGUUACUGUACUUUCGGACAUGGCACUGUCUUUUCGACGCAGGUGUUUGCUUUUGCUGUGCUUGACAGCUCUCCAGAGUGGACAUGCUGCCGUGCAGGAACAACGUUUUGGACUUAAGGUCCCUCUGACAUCUGCCAGACAGCUUUUGUCCAGCUGUGUCUACCACUGGAGUUGUGGUAGCAGGAGGAAGGGGAGAGAUGAAGCGACAUGGUAGACUUAGGAUAUCGUCCAUGAGUGAAUGCAACGAGGUCCACUGGAAAAGUAGACAGCAAAUAAAGUUUAAAGUUAAAGAAAUUGUGACAUGCAUGGAUAAGCACCAGGUGGUUGGGGUGCUUCGUCAAAUGGAGAAGUUUCUGAAAGGCCAGGAGAUGCGUUUUACAGAGGGCCUCAGGAUCAUGAAGUCAAAGCUGGCAACCCUUCAGAACUCCGUCUCCAAGUUGCCUCAAGCAGACCAGUCAGCUGCUCCCACCACCUGCCCCUCUCUGGAAGCUCCCUCUCACGGAACCAAGUUUGGAUCAAAGUAUUUUGUUGGACACGAGGUCCAUUUUACUUGUUCCCAGGGCUACAACCUUGUCGGUUCUGCCAUGCGUGUGUGUCAGGAUAAUGGCACUUGGACUGGCAUCAGUGCCAUAUGUAAAGAUAUAAGUGAGUGUGCAAGUAAUCCCUGCCAAAAUGGAGGUACCUGUGUGGAAGGUGUUAACCAGUACAAAUGCACCUGCCCCCAGAACUGGAGUGGAUCUCACUGCCAGCACCAAACCCAAACAGCACCACCUGAGUGGAGUGUUAUGAAUGAUCCAGCAUUCAGCCGGAGACCUCGCUGUGCACAAGUGAACCGAGCCCAACACUGCAGCUGCGAUGCAGGCUUUCACAUGAGUGGCACCUCUGACAACAGUAUCUGUCAGGAUGUAAACGAGUGUGAAGUGUAUCGGUUGGACCAAGGAGGGAAGCUGUGUAUCCAUGAGUGUGUGAAUGUCCCAGGCUCGUACCACUGCUCUUGCCCAAGCGGCUACAAGUUGCUCCCAGAUGGGCGGAGCUGUGAGGAUGUGGACGAGUGUUUAAGCCAGCAGCACAACUGUAGCCGCGGGACAACUUGUAUCAACACGGGGGGAGGCUUUCAGUGUGUCAGCCCAGAGUGUCCUCGCUCUCAUGGCAACAUCAGCUACGUCAAGACAUCUCCCUUUCAGUGCGAGAGAAACCCCUGCCCCAUGGACAGCCGUUCCUGCCACCUGGCCCCGAAGACCGUGUCCUUCCACUACCUGUCUCUGCCCUCCAACCCGAAGACUCCCGCCACACUCUUCCGCAUGGCGACCGCCGCUGCUCCAGGGCGCACCGGGCCGGACAGCCUGCGCUUCGGCAUAGUGGGCGGAAACUCCCGAGGCAUCUUUGUUAUGCAGCGUUCAGACAGACAGACCGGCGAGCUGAUCUUGGUUCAGUCGCUGCGUGGGCCACAGGAGAUCAGCGUCGAUGUGGACAUGUCCGAGUACAGCGACCGCACCUUUCAGGCCAAGCACGUGGCCAGGGUCAACGUCCUGGUUUCACCAUAUAACUUCUGAGAAGGAGCUUGGGAAGGAGAAAGUUGAGAGAUGAAGAAUGAAUGAAGAGGAACAAGGAAGAGUUCAUUUGUCUGAGUAGCUGAGGCCAGCAUUUGUUCAGUGGCCAAAUUACCAAAAGAGUGAGAGAGUGACAAGCCAAUAUUUAACAGUUGUAUUAUGAAUAACAAUAUAUGGCAGAACACAUCAUAGAUGCUUCUUUAAAUAGUGUCAACAUGAGCUUUGACUGAUGAUGUUUGACUGAGUGUGUUUGAAUGCAUGAAAACUAGCUCGACAAAAGCAUAAUGAAUGGAUACCUGCUUUUGUUAGUGCUGUUGCUUUAGGUGUUUGUAUUGUUAUGUCCAUCAAAGAUCAUGUCUGUAUAGCUCAGGGUCAGGCCCCGGGGCUGAUGCACUGCUCUCGCUUUAUUGAUGAUAAAUCCCUAUAAGACUAUUAGUGCUCCUGUGGCUCUAAUUUAUUGGAAAUAUUGUUGCUGGUUUACACAUACGUACGCCACAUGUUUAUCUUUCAUCAUAUACUGUAUAUUUGUUUUGUUUUGUACUAGCCUUGUUGCCUUGUUUAAGGCACCAUUCAUUAUACUAUACUAAGGGAGUUUUUUUUUUUAAACAAUAGAUGCAGUACUGUACCUGGCAUAUUUCUUCUAUUACUCAUAUUCUGCAUGUUACCCAGAAAUAGUCUCAUUGUACUCUAAAUCAAAGAUGAUUUGGCAAGCUUGCCAAUGCACUACACAAUUUAUCUGGAAUUUUAAUUGUCUAUGCAUAACUGAAAUAAAGUCAGUCCAACAUUUCA